ACCCAACCUUGCUCGACAAGAUGAGCAUGUUGGAACCGAAAUGGAGGCACGAACUACAACAUGAAACACUUGAAAAAAUCGAAUAUGAAAUAUAGUUGGCAAAAAUAUUGUAUCUGUUAUUUUCGAAGUUAUUGUCAAGCGCGCGUUGUUGGGUGAAGCAUCGAAGCCACGGAAGGCACUGAAACUGUGGAUAUUUGGUCAAAAAUUAGUCAUUCGAAUUCGAAAACAGAAUAUUAUGUGUAUAUAUAUUUUUAAAUUGUUGGAAUUCGAAUAUAUCCUAACUAAUCCUUUAACUAAUUAAAAUAAUUCAAUUAAUUAAAAACCCUCAAAUAAAGUGAUCAUAUAUUAAACUAUGGGAAACCAACGAUUAUUAAGAUACAAGCUUUUUGUAUGUUUAGUAUUUCCUAACGUUUUAAAGUGUCUGAUUCACAAUAAAAAUUUUUAAAAAGUGCCGACGGUAUACGAUUUAAUAAUAAUAAAAGCACGACAAUAUUUGGAUUUGAAUAUAAACAUGGACGCGUACCCUUUGCCAACAUAUUUUCCUCUUGCGACAUACCUCAGCAAUAACAGAUACUCCGAGUUGCAAUUUUUGGCAUCUAGGCGGGCUGCUGCCGUUGCAGCCGCAGCAACAGUUUUACCGGGAUCAUCAUGCAUAAAUCAUACACACAUGACAGAUGUUUCUGGCUCCUUAGUUUCAAUGGCAGAGCCUUCAAAUAACAUAAAAGAGACGGGACAAACUCUCCAAACAAUUUCUAACGGAAACACCUUGAACCCAAACUCUACCGGACAUAUUCACAAUCAUCAACAUGUUCAUAGUAUUAAUGGGCAACCACAUGAAUUUCAUCCAGCCUACAGAAUUCCAGGAUAUAUGGAACAGUUAUAUUCCCUUCAACGAAGCAGCCCAAAUGGAUCAUUCCAUGAUCCAUAUACAAAUUGUGCGUCUGCUUUUCACCUAGCCGGAAUUGGAUUGGCGUCUGGAGACUUCUUAGGUACCCGGACUAUAGGUUCCCUUGGAGACUUGCAUCACGCUGCAGUAGCCGCUGCAGCUGGAUCCCUGGCAAGCACAGAUUUUAAUUUUAGCAUCGAUGGAAACAGACGCUUAAGUAGUCCUCGACCAGCUGGUGGUAGCAUUCGGAACACAAUUAGCCGUAAAAGAGCCUUAUCUUCAUCACCUUAUUCAGAUUCAUUCGACAUAAAUUCCAUGAUACGAUUCUCACCAAACUCUUUAGCAACUUUUAUGAAUGGUUCGCGGGGAAGCAGUACGGCUAGUGGAUCUUACGGCCAUAUUUCCGCUGGUACACUAAACCACAUGGCUCAUGCACAUUCAGCACUAGGACCACGCCUUCAACAAAUACAAGCUCAUUUUCUACGUGCUAGUGCAGGGCUUUUAAAUCCAAUAUCUUCUCAACAAUGUACAGCAGCUGGAUUUUCUAUGGGACCUGUUCCGAGUGCAUCUUCUUUGGGUAUUAAUGAUAUUCAUGCAAAUCUAAAUGACUUACCUUUACAUAUCCAAACACCUGUUGAUGGUGUAAAACAAACCUCUAAGCACCUUGAUGAUGGGCUUAAAAAAAAUCUACUGCCUCAAGGUAAAUCAAAUGAGCAACCAUCUUCAACAUCCGGUACGAUAGCUCAAGUAGAAGCUGACAGUGCAUCAUCGAACCUGGAAAAUCAUCAAAGAAAAGUCCCUGAUAACAAUAUAAACGGCGACAAAACUUUUAGCAAUCACUCAGAAGAUUUAGUUAGGUGUGUCUCUGCGUCGACUACACUCAAUGAAUACGAUUGCGCAAAUGCAGAUACAACAGAUAUUAAGGAUGAACCCGGAGAUUUUAUUGAAACAAAUUGUCAUUGGCAUAGUUGUGGAAUAGAGUUUUCGACUCAAGAUGAACUUGUUCGACAUAUUAAUAACGACCAUAUUCAAACAAAUAAAAAAGCUUUUGUUUGUCGAUGGGAAAAUUGUUCGAGGGGUGAGAAACCGUUUAAAGCGCAAUAUAUGUUGGUCGUCCAUAUGCGCCGACAUACUGGUGAAAAACCCCACAAAUGCACUUUUGAAGGUUGUUGUAAAGCUUAUUCACGUUUGGAAAACCUGAAAACUCAUUUACGUUCACAUACAGGUGAAAAACCAUACACCUGCGAGUAUCCAGGAUGUAGUAAAGCUUUUAGUAAUGCAAGCGAUCGUGCCAAGCAUCAAAAUCGAACCCACAGUAACGAGAAACCGUACAUUUGUAAGGCUCCAGGAUGUACAAAACGCUACACUGAUCCGAGUUCAUUGCGAAAACAUGUUAAAACCGUUCACGGAGCUGAGUUCUACGCUAAUAAAAAGCAUAAAGGCUUACCUUUAAAUGAUGCAAAUUCUCGGUUACAUAAAGGCAUUAGUCAAAAACAUCAUAAUCUCCAAGAUCAUAAUAUUGAUUCCAGUCCAUGCAGCGUUGACCUUCAUAUUGGAAAAGUGGUUGGAAUAUCGAGUUCCAGCAUUAAGUCGGAAGCAGAUGGAAACUCUCCUCACCUUUUUGUUAAUGAGGUGGGACCAUCAGCAUCAGAGUGCUACUUAUCAUUGACUAACGACGAAGUGGAGAACUUGACUUUGGAUGAUUGUUGGGAUUGCGAUGACGAUGUAGACGUGGCUGACUUACCAAUAGUUUUACGAGCAAUGGUUAAUGUAGGAAAUGGCAAUUCAUCUGUUUCUUCUGUAGGAGGGGGUGGUAUUAUGUCUAGGCAACGUUUUAGAAGUCGACUUCAAACUAAAGGUUUUGCGACAAGCGCAGCUUUACUUUGUAACAUUCCAGAAAGUAAUAGGCUCAUCGGGAUUAGCGAAUUAAAUCAGCGAAUAACAGAUCUUAAAAUGGAGCCUGGUAUUGCAUAUCAAGAAGUGGUUCCAUUAUCAGAAAAUUCGUGCGUUGGUGGGUUACCAGAAGAGCUAUCACAAACACAUCUACAAACUCACAAUCCUUUACAUUGCAAUCAAUUACAACAAUCCCAAUUUCGGCGGGACAGUCAAAACUCUACAGCUAGUACAUAUUAUGGAAGCAUGCCGAGUCGUCGUAGUAGUCAGUCAUCUCAAGUGUCUUCCAUGUCGACGAUGCGACCAGAUCCCUCCUAUAACUUACUUUCCUCUUCCCUAUAUGAUCCUAUAUCACCUGGAUGUUCUCGACGAUCUAGCCAAUUGUCAAAUUUGACUAACUGUUAUACACAAACAGCAGUAGCAGGACAUGCCAACAAAGAUCGUAUUUUUAACAGCAGACCGAAAGCUGAUAGUUUACCACCACCCCCAUCAUCUCAUUUAACUUCGACUAAUUUAAAGCGCCUUCAGGGAAAAGAUUCAGAAAGUUCUUACCAGAAUAAUUUCAAUUCGCCUGGCGCCGGUAGGUAUUCAAUACCAAAUGUAAUCCAUGUUUCAAACAGUCAAUUAGAUUCAAAUGAAAUGUCUCGACGCCAGUCUGAACCAAUAUCAAACGGAAUUUCGGAAUCUAAAAUGCCUCUUUCCUUUCUGAGUAACCAAUUCAAAAAUGUUCAAUGCAAUACAAAUACUAAAAUUCUCAUAAACAAUGGAAAAGAAGUCAAUACUUCUAACACGAUUUCGUGUGAUCAACACCCAAACGAAAAAAUAAACUUGGAUGAGGUUGAAGAACUUAUUCUUCCCGAUGAGAUGUUACAGUACUUAGACUUAGUAAAAGAAGAUAAUAAAAAUGGCAUAAAAAAAGUUUCCGGGACAAUUGAUACAUUUUCUUUUGAAGAUGGUAGCUUGCCAACCAAAGUUAAUAAAGUUUACCAUCCAAUAAAUUCUUUGAAAAAUGAAAUACCAUUGCCAAAUUCUAACUUUGGUUUAACUUCCAACAUACCUCUUCAAACUGUAAGCCAACCAGAAUACAGCAUAACAUCAAUUGAAAUUCACAAUCGAGCCCCAGAAGUUUUUCCGCUAUCAGAGACAUAUUACCAUAGUUUUGGCCCUAAAAAUAAUAAUAUUGUUAAUACAAAUACCUUUGAAACGAAUCUCCAGCCUUUACCAUUAAAUUUUAAACAAGGAGAUAAGCCCUCACAAACUGAACUAAUCAAGUCAUCAAUGACUAGUUUACCACCGGAGCAUAAUGAACUACAUAAAAAUCAAAAUAUAUCAACUAAUAUUGUUUUGCAAUUAAAUGAAAACAAUAAAAAUUGCAACGAAAUUCAAUGCGGAAUCAUAAGUCAGUCUCAAAUGUCUCCAUCUUUAAAGAUUAAUACUGAUUUUCAGGACUCUACUUUAAAGUCGCCAUCAUAUUCAAUAGUUAAGUUAAGCGAUUCGCAUAUUUCACAAAAAAAAGAAUCGAAUGUUCAAACAAAUUAUGUUAAAUCAAUGCAGUCAGAUACCUAUCAACGAACUCUACAGUAUGUUCAAAGUUGUCAAAAUUGGAUGGAGACAAACAAUGCAGUUACAGUUCCAACUACUAUUGAUACUAACUGCUUUUUGGCUGACGUGAGCAGUUCUACGCACCCAUAUCCUGGGAACAUGGUUAUUAAUGAUAUGACAACUUCACUAAGUUCACUUUUGGAAGAAAAUAAAUUUCUUCAAAUGAUGCAUUAAGAAAAGAUACAAAAAUUAAAAAAAAAAAAAAAAAAAAAUUAAUUCAAAAAUUCAAGUUCAUUUUCGAUUUAAUUAUUGAAACUAUAAAAAUUAAUGUAGAUAAAAAAUAUCCAUUUAUGAUUUGACGACAACCUUUUAUUCUUAAAAUGGUAAUACAAUUUAUUCUUAUAUCUGAAAGUAUUAAAAGUCCUAAUGGGCCAAUAAUACUAUAGAAUAUAAAAGAGAUUUAAUAUAUAAUUUUGCUUUAAAGAAUAAAUGAAGUUAAUGUUUCCUAAAGUAUUCGUAAAAAUUAUGUCUUCCCAAAUAAACAUAAUAAUAAAAUUGUUAGUAAUAAAAAUA